GAAAGAAGGAAAUGAAAACAGUCUUUCUGCAAAAUGGCAGAAAUGCAGAGCUUAUUUCAACAAGACAUUCCUGCAGAUAGAAAACUUCUUUUGGAAAGCGUCACAAAUCUCCAGAAAGUGGCUGAAUACUGUGAGAAUAACUACAUCCAGGCUCAAGACAAAACAAAAGCUUUGGAGGAGACCAAGGCCUAUGCUGCACAAUCUCUCGCAAGUGUUGCUAGUCAAAUCAAUAGCUUGGCUGAGAAAGUAUGCAAAUUGUUGGAUCUACAGGCCUCAGAACUCUCCAAAAUGGAGUCUUCUGUCAACUUCAUAUCUCAGAAAGUAGAGAUGCACAAAGAGAAAGUGGCUCGGCGAGAGAUUGGAGCAUUUGCUGUUGCUAAAUCUACACCAAGGAUGACCAAAAUCAUUCCUCCAGCAAACCCUGUACAGCGAGAAAAGUACACCAGGAAGCCCAUUAUCUAUACACUCCUAGAUGAUACUGGACACGGAGUAAAGGAAGUUAGUAAUCAUCCUGUGAGAGUUGGAACUUUAUCACGAAGGUACGGACAUUCAAGUAUGACUAGUUCAACUUCACAAGGAACUUUAGGAAGGAGUGCUAAAGGAGCAAGACCUGUUCAGCCUCCUGUUGUCCCAAGUGCAUAUAGCAAUCCCGUGACCAACUCACCGUCAUCAGAGGGACCUCCGAUGCUCAGCAGUGAUGUUGAUAGAAACAGGAAUAGCUGUGGAAUUGAAAACAUGGUGAUGCCUGUGUCUGAACCUGUGUCAAUGCUUCCACCACCACCAGCACCAGCACUCUCAGUGGCAGCUGAACUAGGUGAGAAUGGUCUCCUAGACAUGCCACCACCUCCUCCAAUGGAACUGCCUCCACCUCCUGCUCCUCCUCCGCAGAUUUUCAAUGAGGUCUGUCUGCCUCCACCUCCCCCAUUAGUAUCUGAGCUUCCGAUUUCAGUCACUGACUGUCCACCCCCACCACCUCCUCCUGACUUCAUGGUCGAUCUUAAUGAAAUGACGCCACCACCGCCACCUCCAAUAGACUACCUAGAUGAGCCUCAGUGGAUACCACCUAAUUACAUCGAAAAAGUUGUUGCACUCUAUGCCUACGACAAACAGAGCGGUGAUGAUUUGACUUUUCAAGAAGGAGAAAUCAUCUAUGUCACUGCCAAGAGUGAAAAUGGAUGGUAUGAAGGUGUUAUCAAUGGAGCUACAGGCUUCUUCCCUUCAAACUAUGUACAGUGCCUGGACUAAGACAGCAGGAUACAAAAAGGACAUCGCAUGUUCAUGGGACUGCAAGCAAUGGGUAAAUUAGUCAUGGCACAAAGUGGAACAAAUAGUUUUGCUUUCGCAACAAACACCCCUGGAAAGGACAGUCAUGUUCCUUCCAUUCUGUGAGGGCUGUUGCUAUUCCUCAAACCUUGAAACUGACUGAAAAUAAAUCUAAAGAAGAACUUUACCUGGUAAAGCUUAGUGUGUGUUCCUCCCUGUAGUUUUUAAGUGUUCUAACUGUCAAAAAGCAAUUCUAAAUCCUAAAACCAACCAAGAGAAACUGGAAUAUUGGCUUGGCCAUCUAUUUACUUCCAUGGAUGAAGUUCCACUGGAUUUGUGAAAGGCAACCACAACCUGCCAGAGGUGUAAUCUCCUGCCACAAAGCUCGUCUUUUUUUUUAAAGCUGAUUCUUUUCUCCAGGAUAUUGUGUCCUUGGUUUUUUCCAGAGGGGUCGUAAAUCACUCAGGCUCUGAAUCGACCGGUUUGGUACGGAGAUGAAAGGCCUUUUGUUUGUAUGUUAACAGAUGAGUCUUUAGGCCAAAGCUUUUAUGUUUUUAGAAGUAACCUGUACAAGUCAAGGGGGCAUGGCCAGCACUUUAACUAAGCAGUUCAGUUCAGAAUUUUAGUUAGGAGUUCAGCUGUGGAGCUGUGGUAAAAGGCUGCUAGACUCUCUCACCUUCUGCCCUUCUAACUUCGACCUGUAAGCCUUUGUUUCAUUUUUUGCUUUGUGUGUAUGGGGUUUGUUUAUUGGCACUUUUGUGUAUAUUUGGAACAGUAUAAUUUAAUCUGGUUUUGGAUAGACUGAGUUCUGUAGGUGUUCUUUAUUCUGUUCUUUGUGUUUCAUUCUGUACUUUUGUGAAUAAAUCUUUGUCUGUUUUAAAUCCUUGUGGUCAAUCUAGCUAACUUACUCUGGGUAAUUUUCACUGUACACUUAUAAAAACAAAUUGCAAAGUUACGGUCUAGGCUGCCUGCUUUAGAAUGUUUUGAGUGGUCUGGCUCAGUCCAUAGCACACUCCUGUUAAUUAUAUGGGUGAAAUCCUACAAGGGCAGUUUUGGUGAGAGAAAGGUCAUCCUAGAGAGGUUUUGGUUGGUUGUGGAGCCCUCAGCUACUUUUGCCAGAUAUGGGGUGGAAAGCUAGGCAAGAGCGACUCAUCCAAUAUUGGUCAUUAGGCAAUUUGAGUGCCCAAAGACUGGAUCACUGCUGGCAUUUUCUUCGUAGGGGACAGGCCACCAUCUGAAUCAAAAUCAGAGAUGCCUAGAGUAGACUUGCUGGUAGGUGGCCUGUGAAAUGUCUUCUCAUCUAGCAGGGCUGCAAGAAUUGGGAAGCUCAGCUGUGGACACAGUGCAUUGCAAUGAAAUUGAGACAUCGUCAGUUGGAGCCUCAAGAUGGAGGUGCCGUUGUAGUCCACCUCAGCAACAGCAACAGUGCCAGCAUCCACUUCCUUUGGUUAGGUCUGCAGCCUCAUGAUUUUGCUUGCCCUCCUUAAUGGACAAAGGGUAUGAGGUGGCCAAUCAGGAGGCUACAUCCACAAGAUCACAGCAAAGGGUGCGCUACCACCAAGUACCAGGACAGGAUCCAGAAACGUUCCCAAGCAUUGACUAUCAUUGAGAUUACACCUGUCACAUCUGAACUCUGAUCUGCAAAUGAAAGACACAAACAUCUUUGGUCAAAUGCAAAACCAAAAUUACCAAAAUAAAAUUGCAAAUUUACAAAAAUAAACAUGAGAAAUGUGCAGAAAGAUGAA